GUGAUUUGGUCCAUUUGGAAAUACAUGUGUGCUUACAUCCAUACAUAGUAUAUAAGAAGGUCAAAGGAGGAAAUAAUCGCAGCAAUUUGACAGCAGCCUCAGGGCAUGGAUCUGAAAAGGCAAAUAUUACAAUUCUUUGAAUCACAUCCAGAUGAAAGUUUACAAGCACUUGACUUGAAACAUCUUGGACAGAAGAAGGAUAUCAACCAUCAGUUAUAUGCCCUUCAGAAGGAAGGAGUAAUCGAGAAAGUCCAGGAGGCAUAUCUUCCAUUGUGGAAGUUGAUUUCACAACCAAUGUCUCACAAUCAAGAUGGAACAUUAUCACAUAUGGGUGAUACUGUGACUACCAAUGAGACUACAGCUACCAAGGCCCAGCCAUCUUUAGCAACAUCUGAUCAAUUAAUCACUUCACAGAUGAAAUACCUUGACCCGAGUUUGAAGAACUUAUUUGACCAAGCGGGUAUAUCAGCUGAUCAACUCCAAGAUAAGGAAACUGCUUCAUUUAUAUAUGACUUCAUAGAACAACAGGGAGGGCUUGAUGCAGUUAGGAAAGAGACUGCUCCACCCCCUCCUACAUCCAGAAACAGGAGAGCUCCUCCUCCUCCACCACCUUCGAGAGGGCUUCAGCGUGGCCUGGGUGCUUCCCCUCCUCCAGCUCCAUCCAGAAGUAUGGAUGCCCCACCCCAGCCCCCACCACUCAGCCAGAUCAGACAAGGAGCGAAAUCAAAAGAGAUGAACAACCUUGACCUUAACAACCUUGACCCCAGUUUGAAGAGUGUAUUUGACCAAGUGGGUAUAUCAGCCAAAGACCUCCAGGAUAAGGAAACUGCUACAUUUAUAUAUGACUUCAUAAAACAACAGGGAGGGCUUGAUGCAGUUAGGAAAGAGACAGAAAGAGGCUGUUCCCCAGCUACUUUCAAACCAGUUAAGAGUGGGAUGGCUGCCCGACCCCCUCCCCCAUCCAGAAACAGGGGAGCCCCUCUCCCACCACCACCUGGUCGAAAUAGGGCUGUCCCUCCUCCUCCCCCAUCUUCUAGAGGGCUUCAGCGUAGCAUGGAUGCUCCCCCUCCUCCAGCUUCAUCCAAAGGUAUGGGUGCCUCAUCCCGGCCCCUGCCACCCAGACAAGGAACAAAAUUAAAAGAGAAGUCUGAUCCUACAAACAAAACCAAAUUUACAAGUGCACCUGAUGAAGAAUGUGAAUCAGCUCUUGUACCACCAGAAUCAGUCAACUACAAUAUACCUGGCUAUGUUUUUGCCAUUGGAGAAACACAAUGUACUAACUGUUCUGUGGCCUUCAGUCAAUAUGAGUCCAAGUUCACUUGUGAUUGCCGCACAAUUGCUCUUUGUAAGAAAUGUUCAAUUGAUCACACACAGCAUGGGACACAAAGGAUGUUCAAAGAAAAUGUUAUACAGAAACACAGAUAUGAUAAGCUGAGAACUUCGAUCACGAAAAACUUAUUAGGCAAGCUCAAGUCUGAUAUUACAUGUACUAGCAUCUUAAAGGGUUCAAAUGUAAACAAAGUAUUGAUUGAUGAAGAAAUAUUUGGGCGUUCGCAAUCAGCAGCAGGGCUUGCAAUCAUAUGUGGCCAUAAGGACAUACUUCAAUAUCUUUUAGAGAAUUAUGGAACAUCCCUCUUUAAAGAGGCACUUGGUACUUGGCAGAAAAGCCUUGGAAUGUUGGUUAUCCAGAAUCCACAGGAAGAUCUGGCAUGUCUUUCCUACAUAGAUGAGUUUUACCCUGAUCUUAUACGUAAGGAUUUUGGGAAUCAACAUACUGGCAAUGCGCUUCAUGUUGCUUGUUCAGAUUCAGUAUCUGUCAAAGCAAGUGUGUCAAAAAGUCAUUUAAAGCAAGUGAAUUAUCUAAUAGCUCAGGAGUUUGAUUUAAACGCCAAAGACAGUUCUGGCAACACACCACUUCACAAUGCAUGUAAAAUUACUGAUCCUAGUAUUGUUGAAACAUUACUGACUCAUGGAGCAAACUCCAGUGCUGAAAAUCAUGAGAUGCAAACGCCAUUAUUUCAUCUGAUGGCUUCCAUUGAGGAUAAACAACCAUGUCAUGUGAUGAUUGGAAAGAAUGUCCGCAAGUGUAUUGUGCUUCUGAGAAAAGCUGGUGCUUCUCAUAAAACAUCUGGUUUUGUCUCUAUUGACACUGGAUCUGCAUGUAAGAGAGUAGCAUUGUCAGAUUUGAAAGCAUAUAAGCGUCCCGGUGUAAAAGAUGCAGUGACAUUGAGAGACCUAAAAAUAAUCGAAGGUAUUAACCCCAACAGUAGAGACUUAAAAAUGGAUGUUACAUAUAACCAAGUUCCAGAGGAGCAGGGUACGGGUUCUAGCAAACUAGCAUGCGAUAUUUAUCCCCAAUCAUUCGAAGAACCAGAGAAAAUUCAAGUCAGUACAGAAAAUUUGGAAGAAGAUGAUACUUCAUCAAGUCAUCCUUUGGGAAAGAGACUUGCUAUGAUCACUAACCAGUCUCCUAAUGAGUUGUUAACUGAGACAAUUGAAACAAACUCAACAACUCCUUUGUCAGCUGGAGCUUCAAAAACUGACAUCACAGGGCACAUUAUAGAUAUACCUAGUCACUCCACCUGUGUUGUUUCAACUGAGACAAGUGAUGCAAUCCCUGUCACCCAUCCAACUACUACUACAGGAGAACCAAUAACUGACAUAUCAAGUUACAUCACCGGUAAACCUGCUUGUCCCUCUACUAGUAAUGUAUCUACUGAGAUAAUGAUUGCCUCUCAAAAUAUACCAGCAGCAGGAGGAUCAGCUAUUUCCUCUAACAUUGUACCAACAACUACUGCAGCAGAUACUGUAGCAUCUGAGAUGAGUUCAUUGACUGUCACAUCAAGUAGUUCUAGUCAGGGGAAGCCUGUGAAUGCAGCUGAAAUGGAUCUGGCACAGAUGUGCCUUGACUUUAAGCAGAUGCAUGCUGAGUUGUUGGAAAAAGAACUUAAAGAAACAUUGGGACAAAGAGAGAAUGUGCUAUUGUCUAACUAUGCAAGUAAAAUGAGUGACAUUAAUGAAAUGCUGAAGAAAUUGGCAGUUUCAAAAUAUGAACCAAUUUUGGAUGUUGUAAUUGAGAAGGUUAAGCCAGAUGAUCUCGGAAUGAGGCAGCUUAGUAAAAACUUAGAUGAGGUGUAUAAGAUGACUUCAAAGCCAAGAGGCAGAGCUCUUAUCAUUAACAAUGAAGACUUCUCUAAAACAAAAUUGCAGAAUCGUGAUGGUUCAACUAUUGACCGUGUUAGACUUGAGACACUUCUGCGUGGCUUUGAUUUUGAAGUUGAAACUUUGCUGGAUAAAACAGCUCAGGAGAUCAAUGACAUAUUGGAGGAUGAACGUAGAAGACACGACCAUCAUUAUAAUGAUGCAUUUAUUCUUGUGAUACUGAGUCAUGGGACAAAUAAGCCAAACAGUUGUGUGUAUGGAGUAGAUGGUGCUAAAGUACCCAUAAAUACUAUAACCUCCUACUUUGAAGGGAAGAAUUGUCCUGAUUUGAAAGGCAAACCAAAGUUAUUCUUCAUGGCAGCCUGUCAAGGAAACACCUGUCAUUCAGCUACUGACUAUGCAAAUGCUCCAUCGCCAGAUGAAUCUCAAAUGUCUGAGCCCAAUAUUCCUAGCAUACCUGAUACUGAUGAUGGACCAUCUGAUAAGCCACACAAACAUACUAAAGCUGACAUGCUGGUUGCAUGUGCAUCUGUGGAAGAUUAUGUGUCUUUUCGUGAUGAACAACUAGGUACUUGGUUUAUCUACCAUCUUGUGAAGGUCUUUGGGGAAGAGGCACAUCAGAAAGACAUCAAUAAAUUGCUGACUAAGGUGAAGAGAGAUGUGGCCAAUAGAAAAACACCAAGUCAAAAGCACAUCAUGAUUCCCAAUAUCCCUUAUAAUACACUAGUUAAGGAACUGUACUUCUUCCCAGGCAUUGUUGGAACCAGUGGAGUGACACUUCCUCCUGAUUCCAAUUUCUGAAAGACAAUAAUUGACUAUGAGUGAAUUAAGAAUUAAAUCAUGAACAUUGUCCUAUGAACAAGUGGUUUUCCCACACUUGGAUGAUGAUGCUUUGAUGCAAGAAACAGCAAGAUAUCUUAUAGUUAUCUUACAGUUUUGCACAUUCGUUCUACAGCUUAAAUUAGCUGUAUCAUACAUAUUCAAGACACAAGCAUGCUUUAUUACUUUCUGAGCAAUCAAAUUGCAGUAUCACCAUGUAUCAGACAGCUAAGCUUCAGAAAUGUUACUAAUCAAAGGACAAUUCUCGGUUUGGAGAACAGUCUCCUGGGCUAAUAAUUUUUUUCAUGAAAAAUAUAGAAAUAUUACCCAAAUUAAACUAUGAAUAUUCAAAAUAGGACAUUUAAAU